GUUGAUGCUCAAAAGCUAAAGGCAUAUGUGCAAACUACUAGAAACCCGACAGCAUCGAUUGUCUUCAAAGGUACACAAUUUGGAGCCUCUCCUACUCCUUCCGUAGCUUAUUUCUCUGGAAGAGGCCCUAGUCAGUAUAAUGGAGGCAUUAUAAAGCCAGACAUCAUCGCACCAGGAGUGAAUAUUCUUGCGGCUUGGCCGGUAGAAGUCGGGCCUAAUCCAACAGGUAACACAACCUCAACCUUUAAUUUCAUGAGCGGUACAUCUAUGGCCACUCCUCAUGUCUCCGGCAUUAUUGUUGAUCUAAAAAAGAAUCACCCUGAUUGGUCACCUGCGAUGAUCAAGUCGGCAAUCAUGACAACUGCGCUCACUGAGGAUCUAGAUGGGAAUCCGAUAGCCGAUGAUGCUUUCUCACACCAACCAGCUAGUUACUUUGCCAUGGGAGCCGGACAUGUCAAUCCAGAAAAAGCUAAUGACCCGGGACUCGUUUAUGACAUCAAACCAUUGGAUUACGUCCUCUAUCUUUGCGGGAUGUACUCUACAGACAUUGUCAAAGCCAUUGUUCGACAACAAGGGAUCUAUUGUUCCACAAUUCAUUCGAUAACUGCGGCCGAGUUGAACUAUCCUUCAAUCGGUUUGAGGAUGCCAAUAGCGAAAGGUUCAACAGUUGUCAUUACAAGAACACUCACAAAUGUCGGUCCGCCGGAGCUUUAUGAUCUACAAAUAAAGAAGAUGCCUAAUGGAGUUGAUAUUAGAUCAGACACUAAAAAUCUGUCAUUUUCAGCUCUGAGUGAGAAGCAGAGUUUCCGGCUUCAGUUUACAAGCAAUGGUACUUCACAACGUGGGCAAGUCUCAGAAGGAUAUUUAAUUUUGAAUUCUACAACUCAUGUUGUCAGGAGUCCAAUUUCAGUUACAUACUACUGAGCUGCAGUACAUAGUAUGCACUUCCUUUUGAGAUGUCUUGCAUAUGAA